UAAACUGACAAUUAUUUCUGAGUCCAUUUGGUACAUUAAAAGGUGGUUGUUGUUAUACAUGACAGACAUCUUUAUAAAAUCAAAAUACCUUCCACUUUAUAGUAGCGUAGUUCAUAAACAGAUGACGAAUGUGAAUUCCCAUUAAAACAAAAAUAUUAAAAAAGAAAUUAUAAUUUCAACAACAAAGCGAAAAAAAACAUUUAUUAUUCCUUGGAAAAUUUCAUAUUUAAAUGCUAAAAGUUAUAAAUCCAAAGAAGCUGAAAACUAAAAAAUGUUGCUACACUUCUUAUACAAAUCACACAAAUUAAACUACGUGCUACUGGUUCUGGCAAUUACGUUUUUGGGAAAUGUAAAAGCAGAAACCAGCGAAACACCAAAGAACGUGACAGUUAAUAAAAUACCGGCUAAAGCAGCAGCUGAACAAAAAAGUGUUAAAAAAGAGCUUAAAGUUAAUAUAACAGACGAGGCAAUCGAACAGAUAACAACGCCUAAGGAACCAGAUGAUCAUACCGAAAAACUGGUCAUUAUAGAUGAGAAAUCGGUUAUAGAAACCUCUGGUAAAGCAUUAGAACAACAGCCGCCACCACAGCCAGUGGAUGAAGAAUUUACUUUAAAUGAUCCUGAUGAUAUUUCUGAUUCAUUGAAAACUGGUUUCUAUUUCUUUUUGAUCCUAAGCUCGGGAGCUAUUGUAUUUAUAGUGUUUAAAAUUUAUAGGUUGCGUUUAUCACGAGCUGAACGAAAAUAUGGAGUUCAGGGAGAUCGUUCCACUCAGGAACUAACACCACUACCUAUUUCCAUUGAAGAUGGUCAUAGUGAUGAUGAAGAUCAAACACUUUUUGAGGUACAACGUCAAAAUAUUAGAAUAUUAUGAGUUUUUUAAGUUUGUUUAUUGUAAAAGAAAUCUUUCUAUGGAAAUUUUUAUAAAGUCCUACUAAAACAAAAGUUAAUAUUAAAUAUUUUUGUAAAUGUUGCCUUAACAAAAUUUAACAUGUGGUCUCUCUAUAUAGAUUUGCAAAUAAGAACACGACAUUGUUUAAAUGUACGUUUAUUGUAUUAUAUUUAUAUUUCUUUUUUAUUCUUGUUAAGUUAUAAGUUUUGCUAAUUUUCCUAGAAACAUUUUUUUGUUUUGUUUAUUACAUUGUAACAAUUAUGUAGAAGAGAAAUAAUGUUUUUUUCGAUUUAUUUUAUAUUUUAUGCUUGCCAAAUAUAAAACCCAAGAAUUCUUGUUAUUAAUCUAAACUAAAUAAAUGUUUGUGAUACUAAUAAAAUU